AUGCUCCUUGUCACCACCACCGCAUGCCGGGGGUACAGAUCCUGCUGUUCCAGAGUGGGGAGACACGCCCUUUUCUUGACACGUCUGGAAGCUGUCGCUUCUAACCCUGCUACAGCAGUACCUGCCGUGAGGGCAGCGACUCGCGGCUAUCAGCCCUCUGAGUCUAUUGCACGAGAUCUUAUCUCGGCAAUCUGGAAUGUCCUGGACAGGAACCUGGACCACACAGCUGGCACUGUAAACGCCUUGGUUGACCUUUUGGACGAGGAAGAAUAG